AUGCGUGCUACACGUCUCCUUCGCGCUACUCCAUCCUCGAUCGGCUCUCAAGGCUCAAGUUUCCGAGGUCUCCCUCCAGCCCUGCUGCCUCCAAUCCCUCUCUACCGCCGUCUCCUUCGUGCCCAUCGCAAACAUCUCCCCAAAGAAAUGCGCCUGCUAGGCGACGAAUACAUCAAGUCUGAAUUUCGCGCUCAUCGCGAGGUCGAUAAUCCGGUACAUAUCGUGGGUUUCUUGACGGAAUGGCAGACCUAUGCCCAGCAGAUCGAGGGAGAUGACUGGAGAGGGGAGAGGAUGGAGAAGGAGAAGGUGGAUAAGAUGAGCGAUCAGCAGAUCGGACAGCUGUAUGAGCUGAUGCAGGCUAUCAGAGAAAAAGAAUUGGAGGAGAAUGAUCCGGAAUUUGUGCCGAGCAGUUCUAAGGCCGAGGGAGGGAAGGAGUGA